AUGUCCUUCUGCCCGCAUCUCCUCACUGUGCCGGCCAACCUGGAGAUCUCGGUCUCCGAUGCGGCGCGGGCCACCGCCCUGAGCUUGCGAGUUGGCGCCACCACAGCCGACGCGCUCUGUCCCUGCCUCCGGGAUCACAACCAACGCAAGCCCGACCACUUUCUUUUCUUGGACAUCCGCCGGCGAAUUGUCUUCUGCUUCAAGUGCCAAGACUACCUACACUCGCCACAUCAGUAUGCCCUAUCGGCGGCCAUCCAGCAGCCACUGUCUCCGGCGGCGCGGUCAGCCCUGCAAAUCCUUUGCAAGAUCGAGAAGGCCAUCUUCAUGGCUGACCAGUUGGUCCGGCGCCAGGGGCUGGAUCUCUCCUGUCGCGCAUCCCCUCCUGCCGGCAUGUCGACUGCACUGCCGGCCAAGCCCCCGGCCUCGGAGUUGCUUCUCCUGUCGCGAUAUGUCCGGCCAUUGGGGCUGCUGCCGGUUUGCUCGACCGGGACCCGGCGCGCGGGUGUGAAUCGCGGCCGAUCGACCGCCGGCCCCCCUUCACAGCUUCGAGUGGUGCUGCCACGGCCGUCCGCCGGAAAGGCCGAAUCCGGUGGCGGUGGCGGUGGUGGUAGCGGUGGCGGUGCCACCAGCGGCGGUCGGGUGUUUGUCUCGACCCAGGCCGCCCCGUAUGGGGUAUACCCCCCGCGGCCGCGUGGGCUGAAGAACCACGGGGCUACGUGCUAUCUGAAUUCGGUCCUCCAGGCGGCGGUCAUUCACAAUCCAGUCAUCCGGGAGUUUUUCCUUCAAGAUCGACACUCCUGCGGGUUUCGCCGGGACCGCGCCCCCGGCCGCCCGGCCGACCUGUCCCAACUCACUCGGGUCAAGGGGUUGCCACCGCCCACGGUGGAAGACCAGCGCCAGUGUGCGGCCUGUGCGUUGGAUUGGCUGAUCUCACGGGCACAUGCGCCGGUUCCCCAGGUGGAGUGUUUUGUGUCGGCGUCCGACAUGGCCGCCGGGCGGGGCGGCUUGGGCGCCGCGGCGGCCGCCAUCGGGGGGACGUCCUCCUCCGGCGGCGGCGGCACCAGUGGCGGUGGCGGCCCGAGUGCGGCGCACCCUGGGACCGGGCCCGGCCCGGCCGGUGAGCGUCUUCUCCCUUCGGGCAUCGAGUUAAACACCCUCACUUCGCAGCUUCGGCUGAGUUCGGCCUCUGGCGGCGGGGGCGAUGACACCAGUCGUGUGUUUGCGCUCGACCCGUCCCUGCCGAAGAUCGAGUCCCCUCCUGGGGUUUCCAUCAAGCGGGAGCAAUCUUCGCCGGCUGGUGGUCCGGACUUUCCGCAUCCCCAACGUCCGCGCCCGGCUGAGGGGCUCACCUCGCCGUUGACGCUACCGAGAAACCUGACCGUGUCGCCGGCCUCUUCGGCUUUGUCCACCAAUUCGCUGGUCUAUGUUUUGUGGAAGGCGGCCCCGGCGUUGGCCGGGCACUCGCAGCGCGAUGCUCACGAGGCAUUCCUGUCUCUCGUGGCCGCGGCGCACCGGCACUGCCCGGGAUCCUCGGUGUCCUUCCAGCUGACUCCCUCGCAGUGCAAUUGCGGCCUCUACCAGUCCUUCAGUGGCAUUACCAGCUCCAAGAUUACAUGUCUUUCAUGUGGAUCGUCCUCGACAACUCUGGAGCCCUUCCUUGACAUCAGCGUCGAUUUGGCGUCCCCCUCCAGUCCCUCCGGGCAUCCCUCCAACGGGGGUUCCCCUCGGUCAGAGCCUUUCCUGUCCCUGGAGGACUGUCUCAGGGCAUACACCGAGCCGGAGGCGCUCGGCCGACCGCGGUGUGGGCACUGUCCAGAACCCUCCACUCGGACGGGCAGCCGCACAGCCGAUGACACCAUCCACGGGGGUGGCAGUCUCGGUGCCACCAAGCGCCUCUCCAUUCAGACCCUUCCCCAGGUGCUGGCCAUCCACCUGAAGCGCUUCUCGCAUCCGGCGCUGCAGCAAUUUUCGGCACCCACCAAAGCAGCCAAUAAGGUGGCCAACCACUCUGGCAGCGCAAGCUCCUCCCUGGCCCAGGCCGGCGAUGGCAUGCACUCUGCCCCCGCUGGGCAUUCCCCCUCGUCGGCCUCCUCAUCGGCGCCGAGUUCGACUUCCUCAUCGGCAGUCACGUCGGCUUCCUCAUCGACGGCCUCAUUGCACUCGACGGCCAGCGGAUCGCCCGGGACCCACCUGGGGGCCUCGGCCAGUUCCCUUUUCCACGCAGCCAGCAUUUCCGGCGGGGGCUCCCCUUCGGAUGCAUCGUCGGCCCUGUCGAUGCUUGGCCAGUCCAUCUCAUCGGCCUUCUCGGCGCAGGGAGUCUUUCCACUGCCGAGCUCCGACGGCACCCCCCGCAGGGAUUGGCCCACGCAUGCCAGCCGGCCGUUGGAGGUGUUGCAGGGGAUCCCGAAGCAGGAGCUGACGGUCAAGUUCCCCCUGGAGCUCGAUACGUCGCCAUACCUCGACGAGUCGGCCUUUGUCGGUUGCCCGGGCAGCCGGCUGCCGCUUGACCUACGGUCCGAGUCGCUGUAUGUUUUGACCGGGGUUGUUGUACAUAGCGGGACCUCUGAGAACGGGCAUUAUGUCUCCUUCUUCCCCUACAGAGGAAAGUGGUACAAGGCCAGCGAUGUCGAUAUCGAGCAGGCCUCCAUCCAAGAGGUCCUCGCCGCCAAGGCAUACAUGCUUUUCUACACCAAAAAGUCCCUCAUGUAG